AUUAUUCCGAAUAGAAAAAGGGGAUUUUUUUCCUUCUUUCUAUAAGGAACUAAAUAUUCUCUUUGCUGAUUUGUUGAAUGAUUAACUUCUUCAUCAAUUUGCUCUCAAAUUUCAUCGAGGAGAGUUGAGGCAAGGACAUUCAGAGCUUGGGUUAGCCAGUCUAUGGAGACAUGAUUUAUCUAAGCAUUUUCUUAUUUUUGAUGCUUUACGGAAGAGGUUUGGCUCAGGAUCAAACAUAUGUCAUUUCCGCCCCUAAGUUUAUCCGUGUUGGAGCCUCUGAGCAAGUAGUAAUUCAAGCUUAUGGAUACACCCAAGAAUUCCAGGUCACAAUCUCGAUCAAAAGCUACCCGGAUAAAACAAUUACCUAUGCCUUCGGCACCAUCCCAAUGACUCCAGCCAACCGCUUCCAAGGCUCGGUCACCUUAACGGUUCAGCCGAAGGACUUAAGGACUGAUGAUCCCCAGAAACGAGUGGAGUCUGUAUAUCUGGAAGCAACGUCGGCCCAUUUUACGAGGCAGAAGAAAAUGCUGCUGAUGUACGACAACGGCUUUUUAUUCGUUCAGACGGACAAGCCUGUUUACACUCCAGAUCAAUCCGUGAAGGUCCGAGUCUACUCACUGAAUGAAGAACUGAGGCCAGCUCGGCGUGCGGCUGUCUUAACUUUUGUGGAUCCAGAUGGAGUAGAAGUGGACAUCAUACGUGAAGAAGAUGCUACCGGAAUCGUCUCAUUUCCUGAAUUCAAAAUUCCUCCAUAUCCUAAGUUUGGUAUUUGGACCAUUAAAGCCAAGUAUGAUCAAGAAUUCACAACCUCUGCCGUAGCCAAGUUUCAAGUCAAAGAAUAUGCCAUGCCAAGAUUUUCAGUUGAAAUUAUUCCAGAAAACAGCUUUAUUAGCUACAAGCAUUUCGAACGCUUCAAGAUUACUAUCCUUGCUCAGUAUUUUUACAAGAAAAAAUUGAGUGAAGCCGAAGUUUACGUCCGCUUUGGAAUCAUUCAAGGAUCCACAAAGCAGAUGUUACCCAGAUCGUUGCGUCAAGUUCACAUGGAGGAAGGCGUCGGGGUGCUUUAUUUCAAUAGCCAAAUAGCCAUCAGCGAAUUGGGAUACAGGGAGCUCUCGGAUGUUGAUGGGGCCACCCUCUAUAUCGCAGCUUCGGUGCUGGAGACCAGAGAUGGCCACAGUGAGGAUGCUGAACUGACCACCAUUAAAUACGCCUUGUCUCCUUACAAGUUGGAUUUGAUUGCCACACCUCUGUUCGUGAAACCCGGACUUCCUUAUUUCAUUAAGGCACGGGUGCGGGAUAUGUUGGACGUGUCAGUUGGCAAUGUUCCUGUGGUCCUCCAAGCCACCGCCUUCAACGACCAACUGGAAGAGACCAGAUUAAUUGAAGAAGGUUCGGAUUUUGGGUCUGGCGUAACAAGCUCAAGAGAUGGAACAACUGUAUUUACAGUUAACAUUCCUUCCGACACCAAAGCAUUGGAGUUCAAAAUAACAACUGCAGAUACCACUUUACCAGAAGAGAAUCAAGCGAGUGAAACCUACGACGCCAAAUCCUAUGUGUCUGUCACUGGAAGCUAUUUAUAUAUCAGCUGGGCUUCAGAUCACAGAGUGCUCCAGGUUGGAGAGAGUGUGCAGCUAAAAGUACACCCGGCGAGCCAUUUCAUUGACAAAAUACCACACUACAGCUAUCUGAUCUUAUCCAAAGGGAAAAUAAUCAAAUACGGGACUCAGGAUAAGAUCCAGGGCUUGUCCUAUCAAGCUCUCACCCUCCAUAUAACCAAAGAGAUGGUCCCUUCAGCCCGUCUUCUGGUCUACUACAUCGUCACGGGAGAAGGAACCGCCGAGCUGGUCGCCGAUUCAGUCUGGUUAAAUGUCCAGCAGAAAUGUGGCAACAACCUAGAGGUCCGCAUCCUGAAAAACGGAAGAGUUUACCAGCCUGGAGAAAAAGUGUCCCUUUCCAUGACCUCCGAGUUUGACUCUCUGGUGGCUCUUUCAGCCAUGGACAAAGCAAUUUAUGGAGUGACAGGAAGCAAGCAGAAAUCGAUGGAAAAAGCUCUCCUUCAACUGGAAAAAAGUGACCUGGGCUGUGGAGCCGGAGGAGGGCAGAACAACGUGGAUGUGUUCCGGAUGGCCGGUCUCACCUUUCUCACCAACGCCAACGCUGACGACGCCAAAGAGAAAGAUGAAACUUGCACUGCGAUCGUCAGAAGCACCCGCUCCCUCAAGCAUGACAUCGAAAAACUAGUUGCCCGGUUUCAAAAUAAGGAAAUUCAGAAGUGCUGUCAGAGGGGAGCAGAGCAUUACCCCUUCCCGCAGACGUGUCAAGAGAGAAUCAAGCGUAUUAAGACUGGGUCGAGGAGGUGCAUUUAUGCCUUCCGGAUCUGCUGCGAAUUUGCUGUUGCGAAACGUCUUAAUGACACACACAAGCAUCUACUUCUGGGGAGAAAUGCCUUUAAUGCUCUAUUGGACGUGGCCCCGCAAAUCCGAAGUUUUUUCCCUGAAAGUUGGCUUUGGGAAGUCCAUCCAGUUCAAAGGUCCAAGAAUCUGCCAGUCAUCCUGCCUGAUUCUCUAACUACCUGGGAAAUACAAGGUGUUAGCAUUUCGGAUAAAGGCAUCUGUGUUGCUGAUACCUUAGAAGUGGAGGUCGUUAAAGAAGUCUUCGUUAACGUCCAUAUGCCUUACUCCGUUGUCCGAGGAGAGCAAAUUGAAUUAAAAGCAACCAUUUACAACUACAUGACCUCAAAGACCAGGUUUUGCCUGAGCAUCAGUGUGCAAAAAGGGAUCUGUCUCUUCGGUGCUGCUAAGACUUUGAAGGAUGGCUCUCAGGUCAACAUCUGCUCUCGCUGGAAAGAUAUCCAGAGUUCUUCUAUUGUGGUGGAGACAUUUAAAAUCCUUCCCCUUGAGCUGGGCCUCCUCAGCGUCAACCUCACGCUUCUUAACGGCUUGAACAGAGAAAUCCUCGUCAAGACACUAAGGGUUGUGCCCGAAGGUAUUCGAAGGGAGAGUUAUGACGGCGUCACGCUCGAUCCCCAAGGUGUUUAUGGCACAGUCGUGAGGCAGAAAGAGUUUCCUUACACAGUACCACGUUACAUCGUCCCCAAAACGCAACUUGUAAAGACUCUCAGUAUCAAAGGCAACCUGCUGGGCGAUGUCAUCCAGGCUGCCUUGAAGCCCGAAGCCCUGAAGCUGCUCGCUGACCUUCCCCAAGGCAGCGCUGAAACAGAAUUGAUGAAUAUCAUCCCCGUGUUUUAUGUGUACGAUUACCUGGAAAGGACCGACUCUUGGAACAUCUUUGGCUCGGGCAGAACCCAGUCCGAAUUUACCUUGUUCAGGAAGUUGAAGAGGGGAAUCAUCAGUGUCCUGUCUUUUCAAACGCAAGAUUUCUCUUACAGCAUGUGGAAGGAUGGUGAAGCUAACACUUGGAUUACUGCGUUUAUCCUAAAGGUUUUUGGACAGGUUCGGCGAUAUAUGCCUGAUCAGUUUGGUACGGUGUGUAUGUCUCUGACUUGGUUGAUUGACAUCUGUCAAAUGGACGAUGGAUCUUUCAGGGAAGUCUCAAAUUACAAACCCAUAGCCCUUCAGGGUACAUUACGGGACCAGGAGAGAGAAAACCGUCUGUAUCUCACAGCCUUCACCCUGAUUGCCUUUUCAGAAUAUAAAAAACCGUGUCCCUUCCAGAAAUUUGCAGAUGCUGAAAACAAAGCUGUGAAUUAUUUGUUGCAAAACGUUGCGCAGUCGCAAAACACCUUUGUCUUAGCCAUCGUGACUUAUGCUCUCACUCAAGCAAAGGUCAACCACCCUAACCUCCACUCAGCCUACCUUCGCUUGAAGAAUGAAGCUCAAGUGAAAGGAAACCCUCCAGUCUACCGUUUCUGGAAAGAGACCCCCGUCAAAUUCGACGCCAGCAUUCCCUCUGAGGGCAACGCCAAGAUGGUUGAAACCACCGCCUACGUCUUGCUGUCCAUUUUGCUGAAAGGCGACCACAACUACGCCAAGCCGGUCAUGAAAUGGUUGACCGAAGAGCAGAGAUUUGGGGGUGGAUUUUAUUCGACCCAGGAUACAGUUAUUGCUUUGGAGUGCUUGACAGAAUAUUCCAUCCUGAUUAAACGGCUGGCACUGGACAUGAACGUCAAAGCAUCUUACAAGUUUCAGGGAGAUUUCCACACGUACAGGCUCACGCAUCACAAUUACAUCGGCCGGCCUGUGGAUGCUUCCGUGAAGGAUAAUAUAGACAUACACACAGGGAGCAGUACCGGGACAGCAGCUGUGACUCUGAGAAGCGUGUAUUAUGUCAGCAGCGUUUCUGAAGACACUUGUGACUUUCAGUUGAAGAUUGAUGUCACGCUAGACGAAGAGAAGUAUUACCUCUCCUUCAAUGAAGUCCGGCUGUUGGUUGCCUGUGCAAAGUACAAACCUCGGAGGAGGACGGGGCAAUUUUCCUCUCCCCAUGCAGUGAUUGACGUCUCUCUUCCUAACGGCCUGGAAGCAAAUGAGGAAGACUUAUCUCUUCUUUCAAAUAGUGUGGAUCAGCUGAUUUCAAAAUACGAGAUAACGCCCGAUGGGCAUGUCGUCAUGCAGGUAGACUCGAUUCCAGGAAAUGAGUUCCUGUGCGUUGGUUUUCGAAUAACUGAAAUUUACCGGGUGGGAGUGCCAAGUCCAGGAACCUUCUCGGUGUAUGAUUAUCAUGAGCCUGAUAAAAAAUGCACUAUCUUUUAUAAUGCUUACGGAGAAGAAUCUCUUGUCAAGUUAUGUGAAGGCAGUGAAUGCAGAUGUAUGGAAGCGGAAUGUGGACAUAUGCAGCCCCGGCUGGACACAUCCAUAACUUUGGAUACCCGAAAAGAGGCAGCUUGCCGGGAUAACAUCGCCUACGUUUACAAAGUGAUUAUCAAAUCAUCCAAAGAAGAAGGAAGCUUUGUUAGAUACCAGGCAGUCCUUCUGGAACCUUAUAAACUAGGGGUGACUUUUGCUGAGAAGAACACAGAAAUCAUCUUAAUUAAAAAGAGCUCCUGUACGGAUAUCCAGCUGAAUCCAAAGGAGAAUUACCUGAUUAUGGGGAAAGAGGCUCUGAAGACAGGAGAAGGGGCCAGUGCCAAAUACCAAUAUCCCUUGGACGACUUGACGUGGAUUGAGUGGUGGCCCUUGCCCAAUACCGCCUGUGAUUCUUGCCAAACCUUUAGGGAAUCAUUGGAUGAAUUUGUGGAUGAUCUCUUUCUCAGCGGUUGUUAAAAUUCU